GCGCCCGCUUCACUCACGCAACUCGUCCGCGAUGUGCAAGAAACGCUGCAUACUAUGCUUGCCAACACCACGGAUGGAAAUGGCUCGUACAUCGCCCAAGUGGCGUUCGCGAAUCUCGCCAUCGUGCACGGUAUCACACCCGUUCCUAGCGGACUGGACCGCACGCGCAUCAACGGAGCCGGCAGCAACCUCUUCUGCAACGCGCUGGCGUCGUCGCUCAACCUGACGAACGGUGUCUCGUCCUAUUUUGGCGCCGAGGUGCCGUGCAACACCAACAUUGGCGAGUGGGUCUACUUCUCGCCCGAGCAAGUGCUUCUGGCGCUCUUGGCGUCCGGCGUGAAUUCGGACACAGUGUCUUUGGUGCCGCGCGUGUGCAGCGUCGAAACGGCGUCGCCCGCGCAGUGUCGCACGUCGCUCUUGAGCGCCUCGGCGUUUCUCAACGCUUACGUUCCGCCGGAGUGGGUCUUCGCAAUUCGGACCCAAGCAACAAAUGUUCAAAGUGACAUUACGGCACUGCAGGUCGAGCUCGCGACCUACGCGCAAGACGCCGUGACGAGGCAGUUGUCCCUCUUCCACCAGCCGAUUCUAGAUCCCAACGAUGUAUCAAUGCUCUUUGUGGGCUGGACGAACGCGUACGACUGGGCCGUGGGUACGCGCGAAGUCGUCGCUUUCGAAGGCGAUGUGCGUGCGAUUUCCGUCAUCUCGGCGGCGUUCAAGCCCACGAGCUUUGUUGCAAAUGCGGCCGAAGUGCCCGUGAACGUCGUGGCCUAUCUCCGGGUGUUCUGCCAGUAUAUCUCGCUGCUCAUGCUCAUGGUCGCGUGCACCGUGCUUCUCUAUACCGUCCUCAACGGCUUCACGACCGAGGGUGUCAACCUCUUGAAGAUCAACCGCGUCGGUGGCAUCGUCUGGGUCGGUCGGCAGCUUCUCUUCCUUCGGAGUGCCACGGCGCUCUGCAUUCUUAGCACCGCAACGCUGCAGCUCCACACGUUUGGUAGCGCCACAUUUCCGAUCGCAGACCGCUUGGACGUCUCGGGAAGCGUCGACGUUGUCUCCAAGAUCUUGGCGGCCGGGGAGCUCGGCUGGCUAGGCUACAUCUUUGAUGACAUUUGCAUGGUGUUUACGCAGCAGUACGCCGGGGCCUACGCGAGCAAGUCGUCGCUGGUUGUCUGGAUGCUUGCAGCGAUUCUCAGCCUCGCGCAGCCCGUCGCGCAUCACAUCUCCCUUCAUAUCGAAUGCGAGGUGGUCGCAUUCGACUACCAAGUCGCGUGCGUCAGCGGCUCUCUGACCAUUGGCAGCAUCUCGCGGCUGUUGCUGCUGGUGGGUAUUUCGGUGAGCAUCUCGUUGUCGUUCUUUGCCUACCAUCGUCUGCGCUACACGCUGCCACCGCUCGACGAGCGCACCUCGUACAUGCUGCCGUGUGGCGCCAAGUACCUCUUUCGUCGCCGCGGCUGGGUCGUGCACCGCGUCUAUUACAUGGACUAUGCGUCGGCGGCCUUGGCCGGCCUCCUCGUGCUGCCACUGCGGCACAGAGUUUACGUGUUUGAUGUCAAAGCGUGGCGCAUUCGGAGCUUUGACACGACGCACAUUCACGACGAGACCAAAUUCCAUCCCGCGGCUCGCCGACUUGCGGUGGCGCUGCCUCUACUCGACUAGCAAUUCGAGCCAAAUCUUUCGCUAUCGAGUACGAUGAUAGAGUAUGUCUACUGUACUAUCAUAUGCACAAGCGCUGUACGAGAUAGUAGCGCGCUCUA